AUGGCUUCCUCUUCCUCAGUUUUGUGGAUGGCCGCGGAGAAGGUUUCGUGGUACUCUACCCUUAUCUUGAUGCUCCUCCUCGUUCUGAAUUGUUGUGAGCCUGAGGAACAGCUGCCUAACGAUACAACAUUGGCUAGAAGGAGUCGGUCGAUGAACGGCCAACCUUGCGAUGAGAUCUAUGUGGUCAGGGAAGGUGAGACACUUCAGACGAUAAGUGAAAAGUGCAAUGAUCCAUUCAUACUCGAGGAGAAUCCUCACAUUCUGGACUUCGAUGAUGUGUACCCAGGUCUCGUCAUCAAGAUCACUUCUUUCGGAGGGAACUAA